GGAGGCCUGGUGGCGGCGGGGUCCCUCCGGUAGGGGAGGCGGCGGGGGCGAUGGUUCCUCGGGGGAGCCAUGGGGUGCCUGCAGAGCGUGGCGGCGUGCAAGGCGCGGGUGCGGCGGGAGAACAUCGUGGUCUACGACGUCUCGGCCUGCAUCGAGCCCGGGGCCACGGCCAUCGAGGAGAGCUCGCCCAUCGUCCUCCGCUACCGCACGCCCUACUUCCGCGCCGCCGCCCGCGUCCUCAUGCCGCCCAUCGCCCGCAGGCACACCUGGGUGGUCGGGUGGAUCCAGGCCUGCAACCACAUGGAGUUCUACAACACCUACAGCGACCUCGGCAUGUCAAGCUGGGAACUUCCAGACUUAAGGGAAGGACGUGUGAAAGCCAUCAGUGACUCUGAUGGAGUGAGCUACCCCUGGUAUGGAAACACCACAGAAACAGUGACUUUGAUAGGCCCCACUAAUAAGGUUUCCAGGUUCUCAGUCAGUAUGAAUGACAAUUUCUACCCUAGUGUAACAUGGGCUGUCCCUGUGAGUGACAGCAAUGUGCCACUACUAACUAGGAUUAAACGGGACCAAAGCUUUACCACAUGGCUUGUAGCCAUGAAUAUGACCACAAAGGAAAAAAUUAUCUUGCAGACUAUAAAAUGGAGGAUGCGAGUGGACAUUGAAGUUGAUCCCAUGCAGCUUUUGGGCAAGCGAGCCCGGUUGGUGGGAAGGACUCAACAGGAACAGCCCAAAAUUCUGAGCAGAAUGGAACCUAUCCCACCAAAUGCACUAGUGAAACCUAACGCCAAUGAUGCCCAGGUCCUCAUGUGGAGGCCCAAGAGAGGCAUGCCUUUGGUAGUGAUACCACCCAAGUAGAGGACAUUUUUGACUGUACAAGUGAGAGUUUUUGCAACCACUGGUGUAAAAUCUGAGCCAAAGAAGACCUCUCAAGUUCACCUGCCUUUUGCAGCUGCAAGUGGGAAGAGGGCUUCUUCAAGACAGUAUUACAUGGAUGGGGCCAGUGCUGUGUCACAGUGAAAUAGCUAGGUCUGGGGAUGUUGGAAGAAGAAAUGAAGCUUUUUCUCACCUCAAAGGUUUUCUCAUGGAGAAAGUGGCUUUCUUAUCUUCAGUGAAAUAUGGUGAUCAUGAAUAUUAUUUCCAGUGCCUGUGGCUAAUGCUGCUUCCUAGCCAAUUAGAUGUAGUUAUGGAGGUCAUUCUUACCAGACAUUCAUGGACUUCCAGUAUAUUGCCUACUUCUGGGGAAUAGGACAGGAAGGGAUGGCAUAUUACCACAACAUUAUACCUAUGCAUUUUUAUUGAUAAUCAGAUUUAUUGCCCUGCUCAUUGGAGUGAAAAGAAUGUUUAUGAAGCAGGAACAAUAGUGCUGUCUGUUUAGCUUCACACUUGUAGAAAGAAAAGCUGUGUCCGCAUGGAACUGUCCACGGUGCUGAACUAAAGCACAACCCGAACUACCAGUAAUACCUUUCAAAGAUUAAUUUAUUUGGACUAAAGGGGUUAAGAUCUUUUGCAUGUUUCUCAGUAUGUUUCAAGUAGUUGUAAGUGUAGGAGUUUUGCCAUAGUUUUCCAUGUUCUGGGGAAAAUCCAAGGUAAAUCUACUAGCAUCACCCUAGUGUUUAAAAAACACUAUUUUUUCCACACAACAUUCCCUAUUCUAUUUUUGUCAAGGAACAAAAUAUGGUCUGCAGACAGCAUAUUUGUCCAGCAAAGGGAAAGGAGUAAUUGAUUGUGUUUGAUAUGAAAAGAUGAUGAUGAUCACUGACAGUGUUGAAAAACAGGAGGAAAAAACUGCCCUUAAAAUGUGAUCAGUAGAGAAUGUUAAGAACCCAGCAUGUCUCUACUCCACUUUUUAUUACAUCGUUGCUUGUAGAUUGUGAGGAGGGGGGACACUCAGAGGGAGAAAAAAAUACUAAUGAAGCAAACCUAUUGUACUAUUGCAUGGAGAGUCAACACUAAAGAAAAUCUUGCAAGGCUAGAUAAUACCCUCAGGUUAAUUUCUGAAUAUCCCAAGCAUAAAGGGAAAGUUUUGUAAGCAAAGCUUCCCAUCUCAAAAAUAACUUUGAAGGGUAAAUUUUCAUCUCUCUCUAUUUGAGGAGGAAUAGAUCAUUUUACUCUGUGUAAUGGACACUGGAAGAUAAUGCCACCUUCUCUGACAUCUUCAUAAGCAUCUCUGAUUAUUAUGGAGAGAGUGAGAGAACUCAAAACCCAUAAAAUACCCAGAAGUGUGCUUUACUGUCGUUGACUUUGAAGCAACACCUACUAUGGGAACUUCAGAAGAGGUAGUGCAGAAAUUAGUACAGUUGAUGGUAGAGCUUUAUGCUUAGCUUUUUGAUCCACCCACAGUGUUAUUGCAGCAUUAAUGGUAUUGUGAACAAAGGAGAUGUAGAAAACUGGGAAGAAAAUGAGAAAGACUGCUGAUUUUUUGAGUUGAAAAAUAAUGUAUGGGUCAUAGUACUUUGGCUAGUAGCUGUUGUGUGGGUAUGCAGAUAGGGACAGUUAAAAGAGGUUCACGGUGUGCUUCAACAUUUUCAGGAACUGCUACAUCCAGAAUUCAUACUAGUCCAAACUGUGUGGUAUACAGUACUAACAUAUUUUCACACGAAGUGUAUAAGCAGUCAGCCAGUAACACUGGAGAUAGUCAUUCUUGGGUAAGCAGAGAUUUGCCCUUCCAAAGAAAAUGAUGCAUUUUUCAGUGAAUUGAUUGUUCUCUUUAUCCAUGUGUAUAUGAUACACUAAUAUCAGUCUGUUGACAUGUCUUUAGGUUAUAGAUCUUCACCAUGAGCUAUUUAGGCAACUGAAGCUCUACUUUGUAUGACUGGAAUCUUUGCGGGAGAAGGAGGAAUUCUUUGUAACCUUAGUAAAAUCGCAUCACAGUCUUUGGAAUUGCUUUUUGCCUGUCAGGGCAAGAAGCUGAAAGUGCUUCACUGGUUUUGGGCUUGAUCUUGAUACUGAACUUCUCUGUUUUCAGAUUAGCUUCACAACAUGUUUCCAUUGUUGCCAUGGAUUGUUGUCAUCAUUUUGCUUCUUUGUAGUGUUUUUAAUUAUCCCUCUUAUCUAUGAGACCACAUACUUGUUGUUCCAUGGAGCUCUUGAUUUCACACUGUCCAAGUAUUCUAGGACUGUUGAGCAUCCAUGCACAGGCAGGCAUAUUACUUAUGGCCAGUUCCUUUGGGAGAUUACUAAAACAUUUUAUGUGAGGUUUUGAACUUGAAAAAGCUGCUAUGCAGAUGCUGUUACUAAGCCAUGGGCCUUCAAGGACAUAUGGUAGGGCAAACACUACUGAAAUUACAUGAUGAAUCUGCCAUACAGUUAUUAAGGGAAUGAAAUAUACCACUGUGCCAUCUGCUGUGAAAUUUACUGCCACACAGAGUACAGGCUUUGUGUGACAUCCUUGUUGUAGCAAAUUUCAAAGAGCUAUAUUACAUCAUUCCUUUUCCUACAAUAUAAUAAGUGGUAUGUUGAUUGAUAUUAAGUAGACUAACGUUAGCUUUGUAUAAAUUUCCCUCUAGAAGUUUAUUCAACACAGCUGAAUUUCUAUAAGUGGUUUGUUAGUUUGUUUGAUUGAUUGAUUUGUAUGCCACUUUUCUCCUAGAGUGGGACUCAAGGCAGCUCCAAGACGGAGACAAUUAAAAUUUUAAAAUAAUUUAAAAUAAUUAAAAUUACCAUAUAAAACAGUAUAAAUAGUUUACAACAUAUACACAAGGUUUAAAAGAUAAAUAAAACACCCCAAUAAGAAACUCCCCUGCUUACAUAUUAAAAGCCUGCUUAUACAAAAUGUCCUUUGCCUACCAGUGAAAGGAGAACAGAGAGGGAGCCAGCCUAGUCUACUAUGGAAGGGAGUUCCAGAGAUUGGGAGCAGCCACUGAGAAGGCUGCAUCUUGUGUCUUCAUCAGGCGAGCCUGUGAUGGUGGCAGGACUGAGAGAAAGCCUUUUCCUGAAGAUCUUAGGGGCCUAGCUGGUUUGUAUGGGGAGAUGUGGUCUCUCAGUCUGGACGUAAGCCAUAUAGAGCUUUGUAGGUCAUGACCAGCACUUUGAAUUGUGCCUGGAAACAAACUGGUAGCCAGUGAAGCUGUUUUAACAAAGGGGUUAUAUAGUCCCUAUAAUUGACCCUGGUCAGCAGUCUCGCUGCAGCAUUUUGGACCCACUCAAGUUUGUGGACAGCUUCCAAAGGCAUCCCCGCAUAGAGUGUGUUACAGUAGACUAAAUGGGAUGUAAUCAAAGCACAUGCCUCCAUAGCCAGAUCUAAUAUCUCAAGGAAUAGGCAUAGCUGUCCACUGCUGAAACCUGGGCAUUGAGGCUCAUUGUGCAAGGUGAAUCCAGAAGGACACCUAACGUGUGAGCCUGAGAUUUCCAGGGAGCGUAACCCAUGUAGCACAGGUGGAGUUCCUAUUCUCUGAUCUGACUUUCAACUGAUCAAGAGCACCGCUGUCUUGUCUGGAUUAAGUUUCUAUUUGUUUGCUCUCAUCCAAUCCAUUACUGGCAACAGACAUUGGUUCAGUACCAAGAUUUGGAAUCGGAUGCAGAGAAGAGAUAGAGUUGGGUGUCAUCAGCAUACUGGUUACAUCAUACCCCAGAACUCAUGAUGACCUCUCCCAGUGGGUUCAUGUAAAUGUUAAACAGCAUGGGGGACAAAACAACUCUGAGGGAUCCUGCAGGUCAACAGCCAGGGCAUUGAACAGGAGCCCCCAGCAUCAUCUUCUGAGUUUGCCCCUCCAAGAAAGACCGGAACCAAUGCAUAAUAGUGCCCCCAGCCCCCAUCUCAGAGAGCUGGCCUAGAAGAAUACUGUGGUCAAUGAUACUGAAAGUCACAGAACCAGCAGGAACAGUUCCCUGUAUAGGGGUCAUCCACCAAGUUGACCAAAGCUGUCUCCAUCCCAUAAGCAGGCCUGAAGCCACAUUGAAAUGAAACUAGAUAAUCCAUCUCAUCUAGAAAUCUCUGGAGCUGGAAGGCUGCUGUACACUCCAGAACCUUGCCUAAAAGUGGGAUGUUAGAGACUGGCCAAUAAUUACCAAGAAUGGUGGGGUCCAGGGAGGCCUUUUUUAGUAGCAGCCUCACCACAGCCUCUUUUAGGCAAGAUGGAAACCUCCUUUAUUGCAGUGAGGCAUUCACCACUCCCCUUACCCACUUGGCCAGUCUCUCUAGCUGCUUUCAAAAGCCAAGAACAACAAAGGUCCAAUAUACAUGUGGUGGCUCUUCACCUCUGCAAGGAUCUUGUCCACAUCCUCAGGCACAAAUUGAAAGGUAUCAAGCAAGCACAAAGAUUACAUUCACUGGACCUGUCUCAACUACAGCAUCAAAGUCAGAGUGAGUUUGAGGAUAAACACCUUAUUCUAAAACAUAUUAAUACUGUCCUGCGCACAAUGCAUUGAAUUUUGCUGUACUGAUGUUUUUGCAUAAUACACUUUGGCUAACAUUUUGCUAGUGAGUCAUUUGGUUCAUUGUGGAGGUUAGAAUUCUCUACUGAUCUUGCACAAUGACCAAGCUCUCCCAUCAAAACCCACCUUAUACCUGAUGCAGAUCUCCCAACAUAGCCACUUACUGGGUGGUGGAGAGCAUGUGUGUGUGGACAUGAGAGAGAGAGAGAGAGAGAGAGAAGCAUGCUAUUAUAUCCUAUAGCUGGAAAUACACAGCAAUGAUAGCAUCUUCUAGGACCUCUGGAAGUUCCCCAGGUCGUGCUGAAGGGUACCUCUCUGUUGUGCUCUUCCCUAGCUGGUAAAGGAGUCUGCAACUGAUAGAAAGUGGGUUUUAGGGGGAUUGGAGAGGAUAUAUGUUGUAGUUUUACCUGGUGGAAUUUCAUAGUAUGUCUCUGUGGGUGGGGCAUUUCCUCCCUGAGACAUGGUGUACCGCUACACAUGCUGUAAGUUAGUUUCGAUUCCCAAACACCACGCAAGACACCGAAGGAUGCUGUGAAACCUUUACUGAAGAAUGUUAAACAAACACUAACACAACUCUGGUUUGGGUUACGUCACCCUUGCCCACUAAUCAGACUGACUGAAUUACACCCCUGGGUUGGAGGCCAAGUCGGUGUCUUCGCUCUUCACUCGCAAUUCACUUGAGUUCGCCCUCUUUUCUCUGGACUCCCAGUCGGCCUUUUCUCUUAGCGGGGGUCCCGGUCGCUGCUCCCAACACUCUCCUUUUGGGUCUCACCACUCUCCUUCUAAUGGCUGGGGGUUCUCCCUUCUCCACUCCUCUUCCCGUGGAUAGCGGAAGUCGCCCUCCCGUCGGGCAUCCGGUAGAGUUACAGAUGCGUGGGGAUCCACCCGCAGUAAACUGUGUCUUCCCUCCAAGGUUACCGGGCAUCCUACCCAACCUGGGCUCCGUAAUAUUCUUUCUUGCCCUCUCGCGACCGCCUCUGCCCAUCCAACUCUUCCGCGUUCUCCUCCUCCCCGAUACACCUGGCCCUCUCUCCUUAAAUAUCCCUUUUGCUUCUCCCCUCCAUCUGCUCCGCUCCUCCCGGGUCCUGCUGCCCUUCGCCCUCCAACUCCACCCGCUCAACCCUUCCCUUCCCUUCUCCCACCUCACUACAGUUUCUCUGAUCAGUGGUCUCAGCCAUGAAUUCAUGGAUGCUUGGAAGAAACAGAGAUGGAAUUGGGUCAGUAUGGAACAUUACAGUUCUAUGUCUUCUAAAAACGUGUUAAACUGUGUCAAGCUCAGCUUCAUUUAGGUCAUAUUAGUUUGACGGAUUUCUGUUUACACUUGAAAUAUUCUGAGCUUUGGUACUGAGACCAAAGUCUUCCUGUCUAGUUCCAGAUUUCAGUGACCUGUGCCUUUGGUUGCCCAUGGCUAGGAUUAAUUGCUGUUCUCCAUUACCUCAGAAAACAAAUAAUGUAGGAGUUGUAAAGCUCUGGUAGACUAGCACAGACUAUUUCUGAGAACAUGCAGCACCACAAAAAUUGUUAAGACAAUGUCUAAGAGACCAUGAGGAAGCUUCCCAUAUUUCUUUUCUUUUAAGGAAAAAUGGAGCAAUAUUUUAGCAGCUCAUUGAAAAUGAAUAACUGUGGAUAAAAACAAUUGGAUGGUGUUGUAGAAAAGCAGGGGGAAAGGAGCCAGUUUUGAAUUCCAGUAUGAUCCCACACAUACACCUACUGUACAACACAUGUACAACUCCUUGAUGUGAGUAUUAGAAUAUUGUGAAUGAAAGCUAAUAGUCCCAUUUGAUGCAUUUUAGAAAAACUGAAUUGGAUGGAGGUGUACAACCAUCCAGAAUCAUUUUU